AUGUUAUCAGGACUUUCCGACUCCAGCAAUACGCCUGGGCACCGCUCCGCCCCGUCUUCCAUGGACCCUCAAGUGCGCCACCAGGCUCCUGGCGCCUUCAGCCUCACUGAGGACGUGCCGUCCAGUUCGUGGAGAGAAGUGAACAGCGGUAACGAUGGUCAGUUGAGGGAACUGGUGGUGUCCUAUGAAGCUCCCAGGAGCCCCUCAGGGCUAGCGCUUGAGCUGCAGGUCCACCCGGGGAAACAACAUAGCCUGCAACAGAAGCCUAAGCAACAGAAGAUGAGCAGCUCCAGCUCCCAGGCCACUUCCGAGCGCUACAAGACUGAGCUGUGUCGGCCGUUUGAGGAAAGCGGCACUUGCAGGUACGGCAACAAGUGCCAGUUCGCACAUGGCUACCACGAACUGCGCACCCUGUCAAGGCACCCCAAGUACAAGACGGAGCCUUGCCGCACCUUCCACAGCAUUGGCUACUGCCCCUAUGGCAGUCGCUGCCACUUUAUUCACAACCAGCCGGAACAGCUACAUGUUUCCCGGAGCGUCUCUGAGGAGACGAGCUCCUUCAGUGGCUUGAUGAGCAGCAUUUGGGCAUCGAACGGGAGCUGCAGCCCAGACUGCAGAGGACAGCCCCCGGGCUUCCUGUCAGCUCUGGCAAACGAAGACCAUUUCACCAACAAUGACAUCGCCUUCCGCCAAGAGCUGGGUGGUUUCUCGCCUGUGGUAUUCCAGAAUCCUACCACGACUCCCACUGACUGCUAUAACAACCAGCAGCAGAUGGGCCUGCCGGCUUCCACACAGUUCCAGAUGCCCCUUGCCGGGCCUUCGCCUUCAACCACCAUCUUUGGCCAGACAGGUGUUGGCCGCACAGCUGCCGCCAUCGCUCCUGGGCCUACCACCGCUCCUAGGGCUGCUGCCCUCGUUCCUGGGGCUGCCAUGGCUUCUGGAACUGCCCUCGCUCCUGGGGCUGCCGUGGCUACUGGAACUGCCCUCGCUCUUGGGGCCGCCAUGGCUACUGGAGCUGUUAUAUGGCCACAGGCUGCCCUCACUCUGGGGGCCGCCAUGGCUGCUGGAGCUGCCCUUGCUCUUGAGGCUGCCUUUGCCCCUAGGGCUGCUGCCCUCGCUCCUGGGGCUGCCAUCACUCCCAGGGUUGCCAUAGCUCCUGGGGCUGCCUUCACCCAUGGGGCUGCUGCCCUCGCUCCUGGGGCUGCCAUCACUCCCAGGGUUGCCAUAGCUCCUGGGGCUGCUACCCUCGCCCCCAGGGCUGCCCUGGCUCCCGGGGCUGCCUUUGCUCCUGGGGCUGCCAUGGCUCCCGGGGCUGCCCUGGCUCCCGGGGCUGCCUUUGCUCCUGGGGCUGCCAUGGCUCCCGGGGCUGCCCUGGCUCCCGGGGCUGCCUUUGCUCCUGGGGCUGCCAUGGCUCCCGGGGCUGCCCUGGCUCCCGGGGCUGCCUUUGCUCCUGGGGCUGCCAUGGCUCCUAGGGCUGCCCUGGCUCCCGGGGCUGCCUUUGCUCCUGGGGCUGCCAUGGCUCCUAGGGCUGCCCUGGCUCCCGGGGCUGCCAUCACUCCCAGGGUUGCCAUCGCUCCUGGAGUUGCCAUCACUCCCGGAGUCGCCAUCACUCCCGGAGUUGCCAUCGCUCCCAGGUUUGCUGCAGCCUCUGCUGGCAUAUUGGCUCCAGGUGCCUCCACUACAGUUACCGGUGCUGGAACUGCCGCUGUGGACAACACAUCCUUGACCACGUUCCCUGCUGCAGAGGGUGCCGCACCACACUUCACCUUCCAACUGCCAGGUGUCGAGGCCGAGGCCGAGUCUGAGUCCGAGUCGCUAGAGUUCGACAUGGUCACCAGCGCCCUGGAUUCCCUGCUUGUCACUGAUGACGAGGAUGAAGACGACUUUCAGAGGGAUUCCUCGAGCUGCAGCAGCUCCAGUGGCUCCGAAGUAGAGGACAGCAGCUCCAGCCGCCGUCUGCCCAUCUUCAGCCGCAUCUCAGACUCUGACAAAUGA